AUGAGUUCAAACAGUGAGGAUGAACCAUUUCAAAGUUCAGGCAACGAGUUUAUGCCUUCGAACGAUUCUGGUGCAUCUGAAAAUAAUUUAUAUGAAGAGAAGGAGUCCACUGAUAAAGAGGCUGCAAAUAAUAAACAUGGACGAAAGAAAAUAAGAGAUCACAAGAGCUGGAAAAGAAAUGUGCAGAAAAUAAAAAGAGCUAGAGGUGAAGCUUAUAAAUCUACGACAACGGGAAAAGUGGUACCAGAAAGGAAACAAGGCGAUGAUUGCAAAUGUAGUAAGAAAUGCAUAGAAAAACUUUCAAAAAACGGAAAGCAGGAAAUAAUAUCGGUGAUUCCAAAUAAAGAAAGUAAGGUCACAAAAAAUAUUGUUAAAAUCGAAACCACAACUGACCAGAAUGUUAAAGGAACUACGGCGGUAACUGCAAAUGAAGAAAGUAGAGGAACAAAAAAUGUAACUAAAAUUAAAACCACUGAAACCACACCGAUAGAUACUACGACAUCGACCCAUAUCGAGACCACAACAACUGAAAAAACCAAAAUAGUCCCUCUUUCUGCAACCUUCAACAUAAGCGAAGUUGAAAGUUCUGUCAACGAAACUACACGCAAUCCUAGAGAAGAAACGGAGAAAGAUGAUCCUGAAUUUGCUGAAAAAGAGUCCCAAGAGUCGGAUGAAUCGAGUGAAGAAGACGAUGAAGAGGACGAGAAUAUGGUCACAGGAAUCCUGUCGGCUCUUCUAGGAGGACUUAGUAAGCCUGAUGGAGGUAUUGAUCUUGACGCAAUCGUUGGUCUUAUAGGCAGUUUAAGUACACAAAACGAUGACGGUAGCUACGACUUUUCUGGAUUAACUGAAUUACUAAAAGGAUUUUUUGGAGGAGGUGGAGAUGGAGGAGGUGGUUCUGAUAUCGGUGCUUUCGCUGGAGGUUUAUUAGGUGCCAUCAUAAAAGGAAUUGCAAACCCACCUGGUGGUAAAGGUGUUGGCGUUCUAACCGCAAAACUAUUAUCAGGGAUUUUGCCAGCCUUGAGCGUUGAGGUUCGUAUGAAAAAAUAA